UUUACCAAGUAAUUUUACCAAGUAUCUUGUACACAUAUGUCUUAAUUCCCGGCUUCAAAAUCACACUAAAUUACGUAUUGAAGAAAAGAAGAAAAUAUGAUGAUGGAUUCACAAGACGACGUAAAAUUAUUUCAGUCUAUUGGUUUAAGUGAACAAAAAGCUAAAGAAACUCUAAAAAAUAAACAAGUUUCCAAUAAUUUGAAACUUGCUAUAAUAGAGGCUAAUAAGUAUGGAAUUAUUACAUCAGAAAUUGGAAUUUUGUUAUAUCAACUUGCUUCGAAAAUUAAGAAUCAGAUUGCAAAUAAAUUGUCAUUUCUUGCUAAAUACAUAGCUGAAAAGAAAUUAGAUACAACUCAAAGAUUAGAUGCUGGGUUAGAUUAUUUACUUAAUCAUAUAGAAGGAUAUGUCAAUGUACCUGCCUUUGAGAAAGAAUGUGGUAUAGGUAUUGUUAUAUCUCCAGAAGAAAUAGAACGUGAAGUUGAGAAAGUAAUAAGCACACAUAAAGUGGAAAUAAUAGAGAAAAGGUACCAUUUUAAUAUUGGUCCAUUAAUGCAACAUGUACGUAAUACUCUAAAAUGGGCUGAUGGAAAAGCAGUGAAAAAUGAAUUUGAUGUUCAAAUGCUUGAUUUGUUAGGUCCAAAAUGUGACUCUGAUCUUGUACCACUAUCUAAACCAGCAAAGCAAGCAAAAGCACAAAAAUCAGGAAAAGAAAAAGAGCUUCCUAACUGUUAUUUAGUGGAACCAAAAGGUGUGACAGCAACAAAUGAGAAAACAGAUGCUCAGACAAUAAGUGAAUUAAUGAAAACUAAAGUUCAUUUUCAUAAACCAGGCGAAAAUUAUAAAACUGAAGGAUAUAUUAUAACACCAAAUACACACAAAUUACUUCAAGAACAUUUAAAAAUAACAGAUGGCAAAGUAAUAACUAGAUUUCCACCAGAACCUAAUGGAAUUCUACAUAUUGGUCAUGCAAAAGCAAUUAAUAUUAAUUUUGGGUAUGCAGCAGCCCAUGAUGGAAUAUGUUAUCUACGUUAUGAUGAUACAAAUCCUGAAAAAGAAGAAGAGAAAUUUUUUAUUGGUAUUCGUGAAAUGGUAGAAUGGCUUGGGUAUAAACCAGCUAAAAUUACUCAUUCUUCUGAUUACUUUCAACAGUUGUAUGAAUGGGCUAUAGUUCUCAUUGAAAAGGAUUUAGCAUAUGUUUGUCAUCAGUCUAGUGAAGAAAUAAAAGGUUUCAAUCCACCUCCAAGUCCCUGGCGUGAUAGACCUAUUUCAGAGAGUUUACAAUUAUUUCAUGAUAUGAAGGAUGGGUUGCUUGAGGAAGGGGAAGCUACAUUAAGAAUGAAAGUAACAUUAGAAGAAGGGAAACAAGAUCCAGUUGCAUAUAGAAUAAAAUAUGUUCCUCAUCAUAGGACAGGAGAUAAAUGGUGUAUUUAUCCAACUUAUGAUUACACACAUUGCUUAUGUGACAGCAUAGAAAAUAUAACUCAUUCUCUUUGCACCAAAGAAUUUCAGUCAAGAAGAUCAUCUUAUUAUUGGCUUUGUAAUGCUUUAGAUAUUUACUGUCCUGUGCAGUGGGAGUAUGGUAGAUUAAAUGUAUGCUAUACAGUUGUUUCUAAAAGAAAAAUCAGUAAGUUGAUUGAUGAAGGUAUUGUAUCUGAUUGGGAUGACCCAAGAUUAUUUACAUUAACAGCUCUUCGCAGACGUGGUUUUCCACCUGAUGCUAUAAAUAAUUUUUGUGCACAAAUGGGUGUGACUGGUGCUCAAGUAAUUGUUGAUCCAGCUGUUUUAGAGGCAUCUGUGAGAGAUUUUUUAAAUGUAACUGCAAGUCGACAUAUGGCAGUUCUAGAACCAUUAAAAGUAACCAUUAGCAAUUUUCCUCAUGAAAAUUCUAUAAAACUAACAGUUCCUAACUUUCCUAAUGAACCAGAUAAAGGACAACAUGAGAUUGUCUUUGAUGAAAUUGUAUAUAUUGAGGCAUCUGAUUUCAAAGAGAAAGCAGAAAAAGAUUUUAGACGUUUAACCCAAAAUCAAUCUGUUGGUUUAAAGCAUGUAGGGAUAGUAUUAACGAUCAAAAAAAUUGAAAAAGAUAACAUGGGUAAUAUCGUGAAUUUGAUUGUUACACAAGAAUCCAUAUCUGAAACUAACAAGCCUAAAGCUUUUAUACACUGGGUAUCAAAUCCUAUAUUAGCAUCCAUUAGAUUAUAUGAACGUUUAUUUAAACACAAAAAUCCUGAAGAUUCUAAUGAAGUACCAAACGGUUUCUUGAGUGAUAUUAAUCCACAGAGUAAGAAAGAAAUCGUUGGAUAUAUUGAUGCAAGUUUGGCACGUUCAGCGAAAGUUUUUGAAAAAUUUCAAUUUGAACGUAUUGGCUUUUUCUCUGUAGAUCCGGAUACAACAUCAGAAAAACUCGUUUUUAACAGAACGGUAACGUUAAAGGAAGAUGCUGGGAAAGUGUAAAUGAAAUGAAAUAAAACAUGCAUUCAAACAUUAUGUAUGAAUAAUUGAGUGUUAUAUAAUUUACCAUGCUUUAUAAUGUUUUGUAUAAUAUUUAUAAAUAACAAUUAUGUUUAAGAUAA